AUGGAUAGGUUAUAUCUUCGGCAGUGGCAGAGGAGGAGAAUUAUUUCAGCAUGUCUUCUCCUUAUCAUUGCUCAUUUCCAAGACAAUUUACCUCAGCGAAAUAUUUGGGUUCAUCAUUGGGUUGCUAGGAGAAAGAAACAAGGUUGUCAUCACAAUUUAUUUCUAGAAUUACAACUAGAAGAUCCGGAGAGGUUCCGAAGAUGUUUACGAAUGGAUGUUGCUAUGUUCCAAGACCUUGUGGAGAAGGUAACUCCAAUCAUUCGGAAACAGAACACUCAUUUGAGAGAGAGCAUUUCCCCUGCAGAAAGACUCUCUGUGACUCUGAGGCAUCUUGCAACAGGUGAAAGCCAGGAGUCACUUAGCUGCAGUUUCCGAAUUGGCCAGAGCACCAUUUCAGGAAUUAUUAAGGAAACUGUCAAAGCUAUCCACACAGUCCUUGCACCAGAUUAUCUGAAAUUUCCCCAAAGUGAGGAAGAAUGGAAGGUAGUAGCGCAAGAUUAUGAAGACAGGUGGAAUUUUCCAAACUGUAUUGGUGCCAUGGAUGGCAAACAUGUUACCAUAAGCCCCCCACUUAAAUCAGGCUCCAUGUAUUACAACUAUAAAAAAGAUUUUAGUAUUGUGCUUAUGGCCGUUGUUGAUGCUCAACUAAGAUUUAUUUAUGUGGAUGUGGGCACAAAUGGCCGUGCCUCUGACAGAGGAAUAUGGAACAAGUGCUCAUUAAAGAAGGGGUUAGAAAAUAAUACCCUGGCUGUACCAAAACCUUGCACAUUAAAUGGCACUCAACAGAAUUUUCCAUAUGUUUUGUUGGGCGAUGAAGGCUUUACAUUAUCUGAACAGCUGAUGCUGCCCUAUCCCAAAGAUUCAGUAGGAAACAGGAAGGACCGAAGAAUAUUUAAUUAUAGACUGAGCAGAGCGAGAAGAUGUUCUGAAAAUGCCUUUGGGGUAAUGGCAGCACGUUUUCAGAUUCUGAGGGCUCCAAUAAGGUAUGACCCUGAUGAUGUGCGGGACAUUGUCAUGUCCAUUGUUUGCCUGCACAACUGGCUCAGGACAAACACAGUGGGACGCGCAAUGUACAGCCCUCCAGCCAUGUUAGAUACUGAAGAUGAAAUGGGAGGCACUUUUCGAUUGGGAGACUACCGUCUGGAGCCAGCACAUGCACUUGUUCGAUUUGUCAAUCAAGGGGGAAACCGCCAUGCAGAUGCUGCACUUGUACUGCGGGACAGGUUUUGUGCUUAUUUCAACACCAUUGGGAGAGUACCAUGGCAAGAUGAUAUGAUAGACCAUCAGAGAUUGUGA